AUGGCGAUUCCCUUCUCCUACUGCCCGGUCAAGAUCUCAUAUAUGGAGGAGAUUCACGAAGAUUUAUUCAACGUUAAGGCCGGUGAGUUCGUGGUGGUGUAUGCUCCUAUUGUUUUCAGAACUCUGUUAUAUGAUCCUAUUCUUCUCGGAAAUACUAUUAAUGUUAUCAAGAAUUUAAAGCCCCACAUCUUGGUGAAUUCAGAAAUAGAAGAGCAGCACAAUUCCCCCUGUUUUGCAAGUCGGUUCGUUGAGGGGCUUUUUUAUAGCAGCGCUUACUUUGAUAGUUUGGAGGUUAUGCUGCCGGACAGAAAUGAUUUAAGAAGGACCAAGUUUGAAGAAGCAUGUUGCGGGAAAGAAAUAAGCAAUAUGUUAGCCUGCGAGGGCAAGUACAGGAGGGUGAGACACGUUAAGAUGGAUAUGUGGAGGUCUUUCUUCAGACAAUCGGGAUUUAAAGAAAAGAGCUUCAGCGUUCAUGCUUGGUGUCAGGCAAGAUUCUUGCUCAAACAAUAUAAUCAUGGAGAAAAUUUUACCAUUGAGCCAAAUGGAUCUGCCAUAACUUUAGGGUGGAAAGGAACGCAGUUGCACACAAUAUCUCUAUGGUCUAUUAGUAGAAAGCGCAAUCGCUAG